AUGUCCCAGAAACAAGAGGAGGAGAGCCCUGUGGAGGAGACCGGUAAGGAGAAGCAGGACACACAGGAGAAAGAAGGUACGCUCCCUGAGAGAGCCGAGGAGGCAAAGCUAAAGGCCAGAUAUCCAAGCCUAGGACAAAAGCUUGGAGGCUCCGACUUCCUCAUGAAGAGACUCCAGAAAGGGCAAAAGUACUUUGACUCAGGAGACUACAACAUGCCCAAAGCCAAGAUGAAGAAUAAGCAGCUACCAAGUACCGGACCAGACAAGAACCUGGUGACUGGUGAUCACAUCCCCACCCCACAGGAUCUGCCCCAGCGAAAGUCCUCGCUUGUCACCAGCAAGCUUGCGAGUUACCCCCUCAUCGCUGUGCGCCCCCGUCCGUCUCCGCUGCCGCCGGUGGCUCUGGCCAUGCCUCUGAAACCAAGCCUGCCUGAGCCAGGCAGCUUACACCCGUGA